AUGUAGGACAUAGAAUAAGAAAGAUAGAGAAAAUAAGAUAUAUUGAUGUCUUAAAUAGUUGAUGCAGGAUAUGAUACUAUUGCAUUCCAGGUUUAUUGUGAAUAAAUAAAGUAAAAUGGAAGCCAAGAUAUAGAUUUGUGGACAUUUGAAGAAUUACAAAAAACAAUUCAAGAUUUCAUCAAGAAAGAAGAGUAAAUGAUUUAAUAAAGUAUAUAGUUAAAAAGAGAUACAAUAACAAAAUUAGUAGAUCAUAUAAAAUGACUAAAAGUAACUAAGUCAAUAGCCCACCAAUUCACUAUUUUAGAUCCAGAAAAUUUAAGAUGAUAGCAACUUUAUUACAGAAGUAUAAUGCUAAUUGCCAGGAAGAACAAAAUUAACAGACUAUAUUAUGGAGAAUACACAUAAAGUAUUAUAUGAUUUUAAAUUAAGUAAGUGGAAAUAAUCAUGAGUGAAUAUAUAAGUAAAUCUGAUGGCAUAAUAUCAUCUUAUAUUUCAUUUAAAGUUGAGACAAAACCAAUAGGAUGGGUUGUAAAUAGAAGAUUUACUGAUUUUCAAAAAUUGAGAGAAAUAUUAGUAAUGACGUACCCAUGUCAUUUGAUUCCUCCAAUUCCUGGAAAGAAAUUGUAUAAUUAAUAAAUAUAUACAUAAUAGAAAAUCCUAGACAGGUGCAGCCUAUUUAGAAAAGCGUAUGAGAAUUAUGGAAUUAUUUUUACAGAAUUGCUUAUAUCAUCCAUUAUUUAAGACUCAUCCUUUAUUUUCUGACUUUUUAGAAAUUAGUGAUGAUGCUAAAUUGAAAGAGAAAUUCAACUAAUAUGAAAAAUCAAAAGGACCAACUAAACCAUAAGAAUAUACAAUGAUUAAUGGUUCUUGUGUUUUAGAAAUUUCUAAUGAAUUAUAAAAUUACUCAAACUCUUUGUCAGAUUAUUUAAAAAAUUCAUAAGAUAUAUAUAAAAAGACAGGCAAUAAUUUUAAUAAAUUAUGUACAGAUUUAGAAAACCUAAGUAAUACAUUGACUGCAAUAACAGAAAACUUUAACACUUUGGAUAAACUUACAGAUAGUUUUAUUAAAUAAACUAAAUCCAAAGGUGCCAUUGAAUAAAUCCAAUUAGUAUAUUAAGAAUUAUCAAAAUUUGUAACUGGAUGGUAAUAUGGAGUCAAUUUUUAAAUGAAAAAUGUGAAAGUAAUUAAUAAUAAUAAUAUAAAUAGGAAAACUUUUAUGAAUUCUUUAGAUAUCAUAAAAAAAAACAAUCCACUGCAUAUGAAUAUUUAUAAAGUAAGAAUUAAUUGCAACAAAAAUAUCAGAAUUUGAAGAACAAAUUAAAUGAAAAAAAAGAAUAAUUAUAUAAUAAAGGGGAUCCUACAAAGUGGGAAUUACCUCCUGAUAUUCCAAAGUCUCUCAAAGAAUUAUAAUUUAAUAAAGGAGAAGCCUUUAAAUACAUGUUACCUAAUGAGACAAAACAAGUAAGCGAAGUAAGGGAAAUGUAUGCAUUUAUGAAUCAUUAACUGUAAGAUGAAAUUAAUCAGAUGAUUGACUUUAGGAUCAAAGUUUAUGCUAAGAAAUUUGUUCGAAUGGGAUAAAUGAGAGCAUUGGAAACUGCUAAGUUUCAUCAUAUAUUGGCAAAUUUCCUUUAAGUUUUGGCUGAAAUGCAGGGAUCUACAACAGGAUAAAUGUAUAAUCGACGAGCAAGUGUAUUUAUCGACUAGAGGUAUGAUUAAUUUUUUGGAAUAAAACCAAAGUGAC